AUGGCACAUUGACGGAAAUCACAAGCUCAUUAGGUAACCUACAGUCUGACUUAAAGGGACUCUUUAAGCAAUUUUCACACACAGGUGGAAAUUUGUGAUUCAUGGAUGUAUUGAUGGCCACACUCGAGUCAUCACCUACCUACAGUGUGCAGACAACAACAGAGCUGACACUGUGUUCCACUGCUUUAGGGGUGCAGUUGCAGCAUAUGGGCUCCCUAGCCGAGUACGUUCUGACCGUGGAGGAGAGAACGUGAGAGUGGCUGAGUAUAUGUUGUCUCACCCAGAACGUGGACCAGAGAGGGGCAGCUUUAUCACUGGUAGAAGUGUGCACAACUCCCGCAUAGAACGUCUAUGGCGAGAUUUGUUUCAGGGCUGCACGGUGCUGUACCACAAUUUGUUCUACCAUUUAGAGAACGAAGGUCUACUGAACCCUGAUAACCCGAUUCACCUUUUUAGCUUGCACUAUAUAUUCCUGCCAAGAAUAAAUUCCAGUCUAAGGUCAUUUGCCCAAGCAUGGAACAGACACCCAAUGCAGAGUGAAGGCGGACUUUCUCCGCAGCAGUUAUGGGUCUCGGGGCUGGCACACCAAGGACAUCCUAUUUCACAGCUGUCAGGUGAUCCCCAAGAGCUCUUUGGUAUUGACUGGGAUGCUCCACUACCAACCCAUGAUGAUGUUGAGCGAGUGACUGUACCUGCCAUAGACUGCCCACUCUCUGCUCAAGGACUCCAGGAACUUCAGACCACCCUUCCUCUCCCCUUAACAAAUGAGGACUCUGACUAUGGAAUUGGAUAUUAUAUGGAAGCUGUCAGAUUUGUUGAGUCACAUGUUGAUGAUCACUAGUUAUGUUUCACUUUGAUUUUAAUCAUAAUUAUAUAU